CGCGCGCGUCGGCCCCAGGUACGCGGACAAGAUGGCGGCGGCAGCGGUCGACAGCGCGAUGGAGGUGGUGCCCGCGCUGGCGGAGGAGGCCGCGCCCGACGCGGCGGGCCUCAGCUGUUUGGUCAGCCUGCCCGGAGAGGUGCUGGAGUACAUCUUGUGCAGCGGCUCGCUGACCGCCCUCGACAUCGGCCGCGUGUCCAGCACCUGCCGGCGGCUGCGCGAGGUGUGCCAGAGCAGCGGGAAGGUGUGGAAAGAGCAGUUCCGGGUGAGGUGGCCGUCCCUUAUGAAACACUACAGCCCCACCGACUACGUCAAUUGGUUGGAGGAAUAUAAGGUCCGGCAGAAAGCUGGGUUAGAAGCCCGGAAGAUCGUAGCUUCGUUCUCCAAGAGGUUCUUUUCAGAGCACGUUCCUUGUAACGGCUUCAGUGACAUUGAAAACCUUGAGGGACCAGAGAUAUUUUUUGAGGAUGAACUGGUAUGCAUCUUAAAUAUGGAAGGAAGAAAAGCUUUAACUUGGAAAUACUACGCCAAAAAAAUUCUUUACUACCUGCGGCAACAGAAAAUUUUGAAUAAUCUCAAGGCUUUUCUUCAGCAGCCUGAUGACUACGAGUCCUAUCUGGAAGGUGCCGUCUUCAUUGACCAGUACUGCAACCCCCUCUCCGACAUCAGCCUCAAGGACAUCCAAGCCCACAUCAGCAGCAUCGUGGAGCUCGUCUGCAAAACGCUCCGUGGUGUGAACAGCCGCCACCCCAGCUUGGCCUUCAAGGCAGGUGAAUCCUCCAUGAUCAUGGAAAUAGAACUCCAGAGCCAGGUGCUGGAUGCCAUGAACUACGUCCUUUAUGAGCAGCUGAAGUUCAAGGGGAACCGAAUGGAUUACUAUAAUGCCCUAAACUUAUAUAUGCACCAGGUUUUGAUCCGCAGAACAGGCAUCCCCAUCAGCAUGUCUCUUGUUUAUCUGACGAUUGCGCGGCAGUUGGGAGUCCCACUGGAGCCUGUCAACUUCCCGAGCCACUUCUUACUACGGUGGUGCCAAGGUGCAGAAGGGGCAACCCUGGACAUCUUUGACUACAUCUACAUAGAUGCUUUUGGGAAGGGCAAGCAGCUGACGGUGAAGGAGUGUGAGUACCUGAUCGGCCAGCAUGUGACGGCAGCUCUGUACGGCGUGGUCAACGUGAAGAAGGUGCUGCAGCGCAUGGUGGGCAACCUGCUGAGCCUGGGCAAGCGGGAAGGCAUCGACCAGUCGUACCAACUGCUCAGAGACUCAUUGGACCUCUAUCUGGCCAUGUACCCCGACCAGGUGCAGCUCCUGCUCCUCCAAGCCAGACUCUACUUCCACCUGGGGAUCUGGCCAGAGAAGUCUUUCUGUCUUGUCUUGAAGGUGCUUGACAUCCUCCAGCACAUCCAAACCCUCGACCCCGGGCAGCACGGGGCGGUGGGCUACCUGGUGCAGCACACUCUCGAGCACAUUGAGCGCAAGAAGGAGGAGGUAGGCGUGGAGGUUAAGCUGCGCUCCGAUGACAAGCACAGAGAUGUCUGCUACGCCAUUGGGCUCAUUAUGAAGCACAAGAGGUAUGGCUAUAACUGUGUUAUCUACGGCUGGGACCCCACCUGCAUGAUGGGACACGAGUGGAUCCGGAACAUGAAUGUGCACAGCUUGCCUCACGGCCACCAUCAGCCUUUCUACAAUGUGCUGGUGGAGGACGGGUCCUGCAGAUAUGCAGCCCAAGAAAACCUGGAAUAUAACGUGGAGCCUCAAGAAAUCUCGCACCCCGACGUUGGACGCUAUUUCUCAGAGUUCACGGGCGCACAUUACAUCCCAAACGCAGAGCUGGAGCUUCGGUACCCGGAGGACCUGCAGUUUGUCUAUGAAACAGCGCACAACAUUUACAGUGCAAAGAAAGAGAACGUAGACGAGUAGUCUAGUAGAGGACACUGUCCCUUUGCUGCUGCUGCUGCUACCUUCCAAGAGAACGGGGUCCUGGGUCCUACCGGACCCUGCCACCACCAGGAGCCACUUCACCAGCAGCGGGCUGCCUCCCCCGUCUGAGCGACGUGCGCUCUCCUCCGGCCACAAAGACAAUGUUGCUCUCCGCUACACUAGUGAUGAACUUGAAAGGCACUGUGUUCAGUGGCAUGGCUUGUCUGCUUGUCCUGUGGUGACAGUUUGUGAUACUGUCUUCAUGAGUCUCACAGUUGACACUGUUCCUCUUAGCCACCUUCCGUCCUUUUGUCUGUCUGCAUUUGUCUCAGAACAUUUCAUUGGCUGAACAGAUGGUCACACAUUUGCAAUAAUUUCUUUCUGAUUUCUCUGUGGACCGCGUGCAAGCCGGGAGCAGGACCUGGUGUCUUUGUGGCCUGGUGUUAGCUGUGCGUUCAGAGGUGAGGCUCUGUGGCGCCAUCUUGGUCUUGGUGGCGUCUUCACCACAAAGCCAUUAGCAAGCUAAUGGAAUCAGUCACUACAAUUUGAUUUUUGCUGAUACAUGAAACACAGUUUUCAGGUGUACCUCUUUUUUGUUUUUUAAUUUAAGUUGGGAGAAUGACAGUCUUCUCUUAUAUUUCUCUCAGAUUUAUGCACAGUUCUAUAAAUCGUGAGUUUUCUAUUUUAUUACAUAAGUUCUGUGAGAAAAUGCAUAAUAAUGGCCUUUAAAGUGGAGUGCUCUACCUUCAUCUGCUACUCCUUUCUUUAAAAUGACUACUUUCUUUCAGUCUUAAAAAUCUCCAGUGUCAUGAGUAGAUCUUAAGUCAGUGAUAGGUUCCUUUUUGUAAUGAUGCAUACACAUCUGAUAUUCAAAUAUUUGCUCUUAGAAAUCCUAUUCUCUGGUCUCCAGAGACCAAAUAAUGGGGUUUUUGUUUUUCAAAUCAACAAAAACUAAUGAACUUUAAUUUAAAAAAGACAUUUCAUGUCCCUCGUUAUUCCUGAGAGCCACUUCUAGACCCUUUUCAAUGUAGUGGGGUAGAAGGAAAUAAAUGUCUUUAAUUUUUAAGAGUGUUGGACUCGUGGGAAAGGAGUUGUGCAUGUGAGCUGCCUCCUCAGGCCAAGGAUGUAGCUUGUCCUUGUGUCAUGGGGAGGCCUGGUGUCAGGCACCUGGCUUCUUUUCCAUGCUCUUAAGAACUGACUGGGAGGGGACUGAGUUUAGCAGCCCUGGGGCAUCCUCCUCACCACCUGCCAGUUCUCAGGCAAGGGUAGCUUGUCAUCACCAGUAGAAGCCACCCUGUGGGUCAGCACCUGGCUACUCUGCUCUUCGCCAAACAGCUGCCCUAGGAAGCCUCGUGUCUCCAUUUGCAUGCAUUGUUCUUGCACCGCUCUCUCACUUUGGAGGUCCUGGGGUGAGGAGGUUUGGGGAGCAGGUGAAGACAGUUAGGCAGUUACUAGAGAGAGGGGGCUUUAGCCACCGCUCCUUCCAGCCUGGAUCAACUGUAGUCCAGUGUCUGUGUUCCUCAUCAGUCAAGUCCACGUCAGAAGAUUUGAACUUAAACUUGGAAAUGUGACCACUCACAAUACCUGGCCUGCCUGAGGUUGCGGGGAUUCUACACUACUCUUAUUUAAGGUAAAACUUAGCUGAUAUGGAAUUCACGUUAUGAGAUGCAUUGUAAGAAACUGAUGCAUGCUGAGUUAUGGUCAUUGGUUUUCUGGUUUGAUUUCCUUUUUACUUAGAGUGACAUCAGAGCCAAGAAAGAUGGUUUCCCUAUGACCCAGCUGUAAAUAUGUAUCUAGCCUGUUUUUAAACGUGUUCCUUCAUGAAUGCUUCAUUUGGCUGCAGGAAGCCGGUACCACCUGUGUACGUUGGUUUUGGGCACUUUAUAUUUUUCUAAAACUGUGUUUUGG